AUUGAUGUUGCCACAACAAUAGUCGAUGUCACAGAGAGCAAUGCACAUAGACCUGUGCACGCCCGGCCAAACUGGAGAGAUAACCUAAUGCAAUGUAGUCGCGUUAGGAGUCAUGAGAUGUGUUGUCGGGGCGUACAUUAGGCCUGUUUUUGACUUGGUUACGGCCAGAGACAACCUGUAAUGAUGGCGGACACAAGAUAAAGACAGGAGCGGAGAAAGAGAACGCCGCCUAGGCACCAUGGUGCUAAAGCGCAGCAAGAAGGGCCUCAACACGGGGUGCUCUUUCAACGUCAACUUCCCCUUUGCUCGGGCCUUGGCGCACAGUCAGUACUGGGGCGUCCCCGACCAAGAGACGUCGGAAAAUCUGCUAUGUCAACGGACGCCAAACACAUUUCACCGUUCCAUAGUGGGAUACCCGAGCAAAUCAGCUGAGACUUGGAGGACGGCUCAGGAUAUGAUAAGCGAGCUUCCCGACCUUUUGGGAGACGAUAUAGAAAUAGAGUUGAGCAAAGAUGAAAAUGUUCCGCGGUCUUUGAGCAAGAGAAAAAGCUGGAAGCUAAUUGAAAGUGUUAGAGACAACAUCCACAUACUAGGAAUAUAUUCCAAUUACGAGGUGACCGUAGAGGAACGCAAAAGAACCGGCAAUCGAGUCAAAACAGAAUGCACGAGUUCUCAUGACGUGAAUUGGGAAAGUUUCUUUGACAGUCCUUCCGAGGAAAAUGCAAAGACAGCAGGCAAGCGUGGCAAACGAAAACCUGUAUCUACAAAAGAAAUGAGAAAGGAUGCAAGGAGAAAGGAGGCAAUGCAAAAAAGAUCAAUCAGGGAUGCACAAAGAAAAGAAAGCAAUCACAAACAGGGAAAAAGUAUUAUCACAAAUACAAAGAACGAGACGGAGGGGGUCAACCCCUUACAGUUGAGAUACGAAGUCUAUAACCCAGAAACUGUUUGCGCGAAAACCAUGUCUAAAGGCAAAAGUAUAAAGACAGACUACUUCAAAGACAAGUCAAAAAACAAGGGAAGUCGUAACAACUCCAAUUUGUCACUUCGGACCUACUGCCGUAAAUGGAUGCACUUCAGCGGAGAUGAUUGGGCAGAAGAAUACGACUGCGAUUGGUCAGAUGAAGAAGUUGCCAUGGACACCAGUGAUAUGGGCAAGGAACUAUUGGACACGCGUUUGGCCAAAGAAAAACAGGAUAAAACGGCGUUAACAAAAUUGCAAAAGGUUAGACAUAGUGAGGCAGUGGACAGCAAUACAAAACCUAAAGAUAUACCAAAGAAACAAACUAGUCAAAACAACAAAAUACCCAGUAAUAUUUCAGUUGGUGACCAGUCAACUGAUAAGAUGGAGGACAAUACAAUAUUGUGCAAUGGUGGGAAGGGCAGUAAAAAAUGCUCGGCAGACGAUGACCUGUGCAAUAAUGGCGGUGGUGAAACACGUGUUUCCGGUGACCUUGAUGUUAGGUUAUAUGAUGAAAACCAUAACACCACGUCAAAUGAUGGACACAUGAGCGAUCAUAAACCAGUGACAAAUAUGCCACAGGAAACGGGAGAAAACAUUCUGGAAAGAAAGCACAAAAAGGCAGCUGGAGAGGAAAGAAUUAAUGCUGUAGAAUUAAAGAUUCAGGAAUCGGAUAGUCUUCCAAACAAAACUGGAGAAACUGACGGCAAGGGAAGAAAAUACGAAGAUCGGAUCACUGAGAUGGAGAAGAAGGGCAGUGGAAAUUUAGCCAAGAGUAAAGGCGAAAACGAAAACAUGGCCGGAGAACAUCCCUUACGGUCCCCUCAGCCCAGCCCGCCUCUGUUACAGAGAAGACGGCUUUCACAGACCGGAAGUCAACUGUCUCCACUACCGCACCAGAAUACUCUCGUGUCUCUUCCAGACAACACUGUGGACUCCGCCCCACCUUCCAACAAACUGCCAGAUCUUCAGGUUAAAAAGGAUGACAGAAACCAGAGAUACUACAGAAGAUGGCUAGUGAAGCAAAAACGGGAAGAAGAAAAGAAGGAAGAAAUAAAGAAAGUUAAGAAAAAGCAAGAGGACUACAAACGGGGGAUCGAGCUGAGACUAAACCAAAACGGGUACAUUGAUGAAAGGGAAACACUUUUAAAUCUGUCGGUGACGGGAAAACAGUGCACAACUUUCGAACGUCCGACUAAUCAUAUUCGGCGUCAAAUACAGGUUCCAAGUACAGGGACGGCUUUAAAAUCACAGAUUUCUCUUAACACGCAAAUUGCGUUUCGGCAACCGGAUACAGAUUGGAGAUUGGGUACUUUUGGUUCGCAUAAUACCUCAAAGAGUCUUCCAGCGCGUCUACCGCCGAUCCAAUCACUGAAAGCGCCACGUCCCCCGCCAGCUCCACCUCCUCGGUCAGUGGCUCGCAGCAGGGGUGUCCUGACCAAGAGCGAUAACUUUCUGAAUCAGAAACGUUAAGUUUCAAGUCCAACUGUCAUGAUGCUGUGAUAACGAAUGAAAUUCAUAUUGUAGUAAUUUUUUGGGGGAUUUUUCUGAUGAUUUUUAGUCAGUGUAUACUUUUACAUAGGGUUUCUUAUUGUAUUGUUUUUAUGUAAUCUUUCUUCAAUUUUGUAUAUUAUAUUAUUUGUAGCAAUAUACAGCGUAUACAUUAUGUGUACUAUGUGUAGUAUCAAUACUCAGUGUUAUGUAUAUUAACGGUGUUAGUUCUACUA